AUGCCCGGUCAGAGACGAGCAAGAAGAAGCAGGAGAUCGCAGGCGGUUCUGCCGCUUCACUCGAGGACGCGCCUCUCCCACACUAUCUCGUGCUGGUAAUCGCCAUUCCAAGUGCACAAGUUUGUCUACCCUAACACAGUGAUGAUAUUUUUGCGUUUCCUUUUACAAUCUCUGUGUUUCCGGGCUUCCUGGGUACGCCCCCUACGUUAUAAUGUGCAACAAUAGAAAAAGAUACAGAUAUAGUUCGGUUUCGGUCAUAGUAUCCACAAGUCUAGACUGAAACGAAUCAGUACAUAGAAACACACUGGGGUUCAGAAAUCCUCGACGUAGUGCAGCAUAUUCCUCUCGUGAGAACAGGAAUCCCCAUAACGAGAUGAAGCCACGGAGUGAUUAAGGAACAGUCGUGGAGAAACCUAGUUACUCAUUGUGGCAUUUAGAUUUUUGACGAGGAUGACCAAAACAGAGAAUGGUCGAUUGAACUCGACAAAUGAAUGAACUUGACAAAAAAAAUUGGUCACAGGAUAUCUCUCGUGGAUCAUUAGGACGUUUAGUGUAUUGGACGACAUAAGGAUGCGAUUUUUCGCCAUAUAAUUCUUCAAAAUACGUUUCCGUUUUUCGAGUAUUUAUAAGUUUGGUGCUUAGUUACAGUGUCCUUCCUCAAAGCACGGCAAAAUAACUUAUUUAACUCCCUAUGUCCAAAAGUUUUCUAUCAAUUUUACUUUCCUGUCCCUAUUUUGUAUCAUGUGUUGUUUUCUUCUAUUGAUCAAUUUUGGGAUCCACAUCCGAAAUUUGUGUUUUGGUUUAAUUUACCAUGCGGCAAGCAGAUCUUGGAGGCCUGGGAAAUAGCGUCCCAAUCUAAAUCAUGGUUUCAGUUGAAACGAUAAAAAAUUACAUGCUAUGCUUAAUUGUUUAGGGUCAUCGGAGGUACUUAAGUCUGUUUAAUCCAACAUAUUGUCAAUUUUACAUGCAUAAUCAUCUACGUGACUGCCCUGAAAACACGUGCUACUGGAUUUUUUUCAUCAUACGUCCUCCCCCUAUUUAACAUUAAUGACGUUACGAUCAGUAAAUCGUGACGCACUGGGUCUAUUGUGGAUGUCCCUGCGGGAAAGGCCAUUUUAGGCCGUGUGGUCAACACGUUGGGAGUACUUACUGAUGGAAGAGGGGCUCUGAGCGAUCACGAACGAAGACUUGUCGAAGUGAAAGCCCCAGGGAUUAUUGAACGUAAAUCAUGAUCUCACAAGAUUUUUAAUUGUCUAUCACUUGUUCAUUUUUUUUAACAUAUCGCAGACUUUUAGUUCGGAGGUAAUCAUCCCACAUUAUCAGUUCAUUUUUUAUGUGUAUAUAAAUAUGAAUAUUUUAAUUGCAUUCUGUCAGAAAACCUUGAGAAAGGAUGUUAUCGAAGCUGUGAAAAAUCACAAUUUUUUGUUCAUGCGGAUUUUUCUCUCUUAAAUUUUCAGGUAUUGCGACCUCAAGAUUUCAGCUUUCAAUGGAUUUCUUUUUGCACUGGGAAGUAGGCAUGCCAAGUACGUGGAAUUUACUUUCAUUAAUUUUGCUGUUGUUUUGUUGUGUGCGGAUGUUUUAGGUUUUGCAUUACUACGCAUUUUUUUUAAGGUUCUCCGUUCUGCUUUAGUUCCAUAGGAAACACAUGACUGGAAGAACUAUAAAGGUGAAAAUAAUGAGAUUUUGCUAAGGCUAGAAAUGGAGAGGGGUUUGAAGAAAAAGUGAUUUUUGCUUGAACUAGUUCAUUGAGCUUAUCGGUCAUUUUCACUGUAUUUGAUACUUCAUGCAUAAAGUCUGCUACAGAUUAUUGAAACUUACUAUGAAGAUCAAAUUAACUGCCUUUACUAAAGAAAACUUAUAUUAGAUAGGCUUUUAAACCUAAUGGAAUUCAGCUUGAGUGACAUUAUUAAGAUGAAUGGGUCGUUUCCAAAGAAACAUGCAAAACAUACCAGAUAAAUCUAUCAUACGCUCCCUGAUUUUAGACUUUUGAUCAAAGUUUUGGUCUCUUUUUUAUUGUUUGUUCAUUAAACAUGUGUUUUGAUAUUUUUUAUAUUUUUUUGACGAUACGUUCCACAUUUUAUCUCAUCCUAGGCCAUAAUCCAGCAUGCAUCAUUGGGACACUUUAAGAUAAAGAAAAAUGUUUCACCUUUUGUCCUUGUAUACCUCAGGUUCAUUGGAACCUCAUAUUACUAUAUCCAUUCUAACUUUCACUUUAGGGAGCUGUUUCCUAUAUCUUUCGUGCCUGGUUCUGGUUUCAGCUAACAUAUAUUUUUUUUUGUUAACGUUUAUUUCAGGUAUUUACGAGUUUGGUUCACCAUGGGCGUGGGUGCUAGCUUCAUGGCUUUAGCUGUCAUUACAAUGGUGAGAAGAAACGUCCUCUUCAUUUCUUUUCAUUUCCUGCGUACAUCUGCUGUGUGACUUUCGCUCCAUUGGAGGAUGUGGAAUAUCAUGUAUGUGGCUUUAGAGUUUCCUAUGUGUAUUAUUGAAGAAGGGUGGAUUGAGAGUAACGCAAUUGAUAGGACCUGUCGAGCAGCCGACCUUUCCAGAUUUGUGGCUACAGGAUACCAGUAGGUUUCUGCCAAUGGGGUUUCAACCCUCAGUAACAUAGACGGCCAAAUUACUGGGAGUACACAAAGAGAUGUAUAAGAUUGCUGUUUCUGGGCUUUGAAGAGAUGGGGAGUCUUCUCCAGCACUGUCGCAUAAAGAUUAAUCGUGUACAGAAGAUGUAGAUGACCAUGGUUCAGUGCAGAUUCAAAAAUGGCCGGUGCACUGGUGUUUCAAGUCAUAAACCUAAAGCUCCUGGCUGAUCUGUCCGACGUGUCAACAGAGAAAACUCUUGCAAAUUUUCCACUAGAGAUGAGGGGAAAGGUUUUUCCACCUAAGGAUAAGACAUUGACUAAAUCAGAUGAUGAUACUUCUCCAAACAUUUGUUCAGGGAAAUUAGCAUUAGAAAUCUCCCUAAAUACCACUAAGAUUCUCUUUUCUGGAGGGAGAUUUAUGGUAGACACUGCAGGAUGACGAACAUAAUCGAUUUCUUCGUGGCCAGCCAGACACUGGUCUCCAGCUUUCUUUUUGAAAGAUUUGAGCUCCAUGACGAUUUCUCUCAGUUGAGUACUUUACAAAUCCAUAAAAACAACUACCAAAUGAAUCGAUCCUCCUUUCACCUGAAGGUCAUUACUAUUGAGCACUGUCCGUACCCCUAGCCUUGCAAAUCCUGUACAUCGUAUCUUGUCCUCAUUCGUGGUAUCUCCUUCUGUCUGUCUAAAUGCCAUGGGAGGUCUUUACUCUCAACGGGUUGGCAUCAGCUCUCCAACGCUUUCUGGUAGUAUCUGUUUUAUCUUUCAUUCUCCUGGAUACUGAGGAAGUCUACAUUAUAAUGGCUUACCUACGUUCCCACAUUUAUAUAACUCAUGGAAUUCUGGCAGACGUCUUCAUCCAACCCCAAUAUUCCUUCCUAUGCUAAUUUCCAAAACAUACCUGCUACAUUAUCCUUCUACCGUUUCCUGGUCCACUUCGAGAAUUGACUCCACAGUUUCACUAUUUGUUUGAGAAAAUGUUCCUUUCGAGGAAUUUUUUGGGUAGUGGUCCAUUGACCAACUCUGCUUGCUCACUUUUAAGGUAUAUUCGUUCUUGGUUCUUUGAACCACUGUUAACCACUUUUAUAUCCAAAAAGUAGAUCACGACACUCUGUCUCCAACAUCUGCAAUGUAAUGGGGAAUUCUGAGCCUCCAUCUGAUCCACCUCUUUUCUCUUCUGUCUGAGGAAUUGUGGUGCAGAUUUGGUGAGUAAUCUGUCUCCACUUGCAUUUUACUCCCCUGGGCGUCCCUGCAUACCACCCCAAAUGUACUUUAUCAGGUUCUAACUGGUAUUAUGGGUAUACCUGUAACACGGAUGUCGGUAACAUGGGAUGCCAGAGUAGAUCUACCGAAUUAUUGCUGUCUCACCUUUGGGUUUAUUUAGGUGGAACCUUGGGUUCAGAAACGCUGGUGGUACACUGGUGCGUUACUCCUGUGACCAGUUCUCUCCCAUGUUCCGUUUCUCUCACUUUGUAUCGACCUGCAUUAUGAAUCCUUUGAUGAGCAAAAAUUGUUUUUUAUGGGCACCCCUUGUUCCUUGACGGCCGGGUGUGUUAAAAAUGAGAUUUAACCAUUGAUUUUUUUUCUCUUUCUUUGAUUUUUUAGUAUCUGAUUACGGUAAAGUGCAUUUUCAGACUCUAGUUUGUUCUUUAAUGAAUAUUACCCAUGAUUUAUACUUAUUCUAGUGUGACCCUUUCCCUUCUCCUUGUGGUUUUUUAUGAUUUCAAAUCAGGUUAUACAUAAUCGUAACGAUUAAUAUUUUUGGUUCUUAUGAUUGUCAGAUUCUACUUCAGCAAUUAGCCUGCACACUACAGCUCUGCGGUGGCAGUGCUCGCUUUUAUAAUUUACCUCUUAGUUGGUUGCUUGGGAUCCCCUCUUGGGUUAGUCUUACCUUUUGUCUUUGCUAUACUAUACAAAACUAUAUUGUAGUCUCCAUAUGACUGUUUGACUUCGAUUCAGGCUUCUGGACUCAGUUUAUUGUCUCUAAUGGAUGCGGGGGUGAUGAUUUUCUCAACACUGGUUUCUGUUCUUAUUCAUGAAUUUGGUCAUGCUAUAGCUGCUGCAAGGUCAGCAUCUUGUAUUCCUCAUUUUACAGAACAUACUUCAUGUUGGUUCUGUCAGGAAUAUUUCUUUUCUUCAUCAUAAUUUCCUUUACUGAACACAUUGUUGCGUAUUAGUCAAUAUUCACACUUUUAUUUCUGUUUAUUUUUUAACUUGCUAAUUUUAUUAUUCUAUUUUUUCCUCUAGUCUUAUUUCUGCCUUUGUUCAUCAAUUUUAUUAUGCUUUUACGUGUGAUUCAAGAGGUACUUCCAAUCUCUUUCGAAAGUGAAGCUUCACGGUAAACUUUUUCAUAAUGAAUAGUGGAAUGCUUGAACUAUCAAGAGAGCUGAGAAGUAAGAAAAGCCCUGCUAAUUGAGGUGGAUAAACGGGAGGAAUAGAGCUCAAUUCAAUGUUGUUUUCCUUUAGUGAGUGCUUUUUAUUUCCAUUGUACGAACUGGUUUGAAAAGUGUCUGAUUUCCUGGGAAGUUUUUACUUAUUUGUUUUGGAUAAGCCUAUAUCUAUUUCACGACUUUAGGCUGAAUUUCGUGGCUAACCCGGAGCAAAAAUUUAGGAUGUGCAGGGAUUUAAGUUGAAAACCAAAUAUAUUUAUUUGUUGCAUGCCAAAUUCUGAAAUCUGUAGCUGUACAUUGCAAAGGCAACACUCCAUUUUUUAAUAUAUAUUUUUGAAAUUACGGAAAUGGUGGAAUAAAAUCAGUCCCAUAAGAGUGAAUUAUAGGUGCAGGACUUAGGAUUGGCACUUCUGAUCUGUGGAGGAGUUGCAACAGUGUUUCUAACAUUCGGUAUUUUCAAUAUAAUGACUACUGAAUGAAUGGAUGAGUAGUGUGUACUUUCUGGUAAAGAAAUUGACUUGGUGAGUUGCUUGUAGAAGUUCACAUGAAGUGACAGAUUUUCCAGUUUUGAAGUCUUCCUUUAUGUGACCAACGGGUGGGCAUGGAUGAGAAAGAAGGAUGCGGGUAUAAUGAAUUUUAUGAUUCUUUUAUUGUAUCACUGACUUUGUUCUUUUCUCUUCCAUAUUAAACAGGUUUGUCAUUAGGACGCCUUUUGGGAUAAGAAAUCAUGAGGACAAGUUCUAGGAAAGAUGGAGGUCGUCAUGAUAAUAUGUUAUCAUAAGUUUUAGCUCCUGAAGCAAAAAAGAAAUGUAUAUCUCCCUGUUAAGCAAUUAUUUACCCGAUUUUCCAAAACGCCAAUACCAAUAAAACAAUUUUCGUGAAUUUCUUGUAUAGAGCCUAUUCGUCUUGAUAGGAUGAUGAAAAUGCAUCCUUUCCCUUGGAAAAUCUCAUUGUUCUCAAUGAUUUGUGACAAAUGACACCAGUGUGAAUUAAACCUUUUGCUUCAAAAGAGGAAAAACCCCAGGGGUGAGAACCUGCGAAAUUGACGCCCAGUUCUUCAUGAACCUCACUUCAAACAUGGAUUAGAGUUUCCAAAUGACCAAAGUUACAGGGUCUAGACAAUUUCUUACAAGAUGAUAAAAAAUGUUGUGUUAAAAUGAUCGACCUCAAAUUGCUUUCUGCCAGGAGAUGCAAUUGUCUGUCUCAAGGCAACUGUAUUUCCUUAUGUAAUUUCUUAGAGACCAACGGGCACAUAUGAACGCGCAGAUCUACCGCCCUAUUAUCUUAUCAGUAGAAACUACAUAACAUAUUUUAUUUCUCCCUUCACAAAAUUACUGCAAUCUUUGUAUAUUUAAUAACGUAGGAACGCUGUAUUGCGAAUGAAUGACAGUUAAAACACCAUCAGUGUGUGAAGUUCUUGGUCACUGUCACAGAAAAUGGGGCCAAGGACAUUUCAUCUCCACAUGCUACCCUUAGCACAGUGUUGAUGAUAUCACCCUUUUAUACCUCUGGAUGGUAUCCCAUUUGAGGGCCCUCUUUCUAUCCCAGAAUUUCAUUCCCUCCCACUUCAUAACGCUAUAGAUCUGACCUGUACUGUACGUGUGGGCCAUAGAAGCCAGGUAGAAACUGCAAGGUAACAUUUUCCACACUCCCAACCCACCCCCCCCUCCACAACAAACAAACACACACAUACACCAAGAGUAUGUUCUUUUCCCCACAACGUAGACACUGAUCAAUGAACCCAUCGUCCUCCACAGCUUGUUUGCUGCUUAUUCCUUCUGCCAGUUACUUUUCUUACAUUUAGAGUAAUUGAACGUGUAGAAAUCACUUAAUGGAUUCUCCAAACCGUUCAAUGAAAAUCUAAUCAUGGUGGCUCUAACUUGCAUUCUGUUGCCUCAGAAGAGAUAGUUGUCUGUUUGGAAUCUCUUUUUACGCAGGGGAAUAUACUCUAAUUGAAAGAGAAAAGUUCACGUUUUCCAGUUUUGCAUUAACAAAAUGUUUUUAUGCCCUAAACUCGCUUGUUGAUUUCAGAACUGCUUUUAUCUAGCUUAGGAAUCUGUCUUGUGAGCUUAUUUUGUAGGCCUUCGUUGGUAGGAAACUUUUAUGAAUUUAGUGUUGCCUUACAAUUUCAUGUUUUAGAUUCUCAUUGCGGGUAAUUUAGGCAACACCACAACAAAUGGCAGUCAGGGUGUACAGAUUGAGUACAUUGCUCUAUUUCUAUCAGUCAUAUUUCCCGGUGCAUUGGUUGCUUUCAAUUACAACGUGCUCCUGGCCUUGCCCCCUUUUACCGCGCUUCGAAUAUAUUGUGCUGGGAUUUGGCAUAAUACUGUGGUAAGUUUUUCUAGCUUCCUGGUUUAUAACUCUGCAGAUAUUUAUUGUAUCCCUAAUGGCAAUAUUUUUCCGAAGAUAAAAAAAUAUCAAUCUUCUCCUUGACGUAGUUCAAAUGCUUUUAAUCUCAUUGCUUGUUUCCGCCUCUAUUAAUUCCUUAUGGUCUCUUCAUCAAACUCCUUAAAAUGUCGUAUACUUCUUUUUGGAAUAUGCUUAUUCUUUAGAUUGACAAAUCCAAAUUGCCCGCAGUAGGGGUUGGGAAUAAUUAUUUUCACAUCAAAUUAGUGAAUGAGCCAUGCCAUUUUUUUUUGUAAAUGAUUCCACUCGAAAUCCACUAGAUUCCACUUUUAGCUUGUAGUUUUUAUGGAAAUGCCGAUUUUCCGCUCUGUAUUGCCUGUGGAUCGUUAAAUAUCUUUGUCAUUGUUACGCUAAUGAUUGCUAGAUUGUAGCCUUGGUUAGAUUGUUAGUAGCUCGAAUCUAUGAUUCAUUGAAGGAGAAAAAUGUUUGCAGCUAAUAUUAUAUCAACGCAGAUAUAGGUACAGAUAUGUGGCUGGCAUGACAUGGACAUCCAUAAUAUACCCUAAAAGUUAUCUUUUAGAUUUUGUUGUCGACAAACUUCCACGUUUUAAGCCAUCAUGAUUUUCAUUUUAUGCUAGUUUGGAACGGAAGGAUAGUGUUCGAGACGGGUGAUGCUUUUUCUAUGGCUGUGUACAUCUACUAAAGGGACCCAACAUGUUGUCGUUGCUUUACAAUCAUAUGCAUUUCGUGCAGUGACCAUUUGCAUGGAGAUUGUUGUUUUGGAUCAAUUUUGCCGGUAUAGUUCAACGUCAACGGAGUGAAAGAACUCUGUAGCGUACUGUGAAAAUGGAGCGAAAGAUAUUUAAAGCAUGUAAUCUUUUGCAUCUGGUUCUUACGCAUCAGUGUAGUUUUUAGCACUAGAUGCAAUUAUGCAUUGUGGUUUAUCAUAUGAUGUUGUAUAUUAAUUUUUGCCUGUUCUAUAGUUUUGUGCAGUGUGUGGUUUGGCAUUGCUGUCCCUGCCUGCACUAUUGUAUCCAUUUUACAUACACGGAGAAAGGGCUAUGGUAAAUCUGAUUACGUCUAGUAGUCUUUUAUUGUCUUCACUGUGUUAUUUUAAGUUUAAAUUAACCUUUGGCAUGGUAAUAGGUCCUGAGUGUGUCCCCUGUUUCUCCAUUGGCUGGAUAUCUAUCUCCCGGAGACAUCAUUAUGUCAUUGAACGACUUAGACAUUCAUAACCCUGAGGAAUGGUUUGAGAAGGUGGCGCAUCUGGAUACCCAACUGCAGAAUCGCUCUUAUUAUUCUGGAUAUUCUAAUGGUUCUUCGAGGAAUGGAAAAGGUUAUUGUGUCCCCAAUUCCUGGAUAGAAGAAAGGGGAAUUCUGUCUACGGACGGUGAAAUUGCUUGUCCAGAUGGCCUUGUAGCCUUCAAAACUAUGCCAUGCUGUAGGCAUUUUCUUGAUGGAAAGGAUUGUGAUGAUAUAUACAGAAACUCAACGAGGAGGGAUUAUUGUUUUCCUCCUCAAGAUGUUGUGAAGUUAAAAAAAUGUUGUGAUGGAUGCCAAAUGACUAAAUCAGACCAGAGUUAUCAGUGCUUGCAGGUAAUAUAUAAAUACCGUUGUAGAUUAAAUUUUUUAAAUGUCAUUACGUUUUUUUUUUUACUCAGUUUUUGUGACCAUCGCUGUAGAAAUAUGUUCACCUUUUUCUUGUCAAUGGUCAUUGUUGAACAUCAUUCCUGCUACUAUCAGAAUUAAUGGCAGCUGCCACUACAACAUCGCAUCAUGAUCACUGCCCACCCCUUUUCUUUUCUUUAUCUUGGCUAAGUCUGGACUGUUGACAUGAUCUCCGCUGAAGUAACUUCGUUGCUCAAGUUUCGUUAGCCUUUCCUUUUUUUAUUUUAUCAAGGGAAUCAAAUGACAUUGUUUAAAUUUGAAAUCAUAUUUAUCUUAAGUCUGCCAUCAGAAUCUUCUAUUUCUAUACCUUUGAUGUAUACCGUUGCCAGCAAAAUGGUAUUGUAUACUUCUAAAAGCCCUUCUGUUCUAGUACAUACCAACCUCAACCCAUGUAUGGUCUCUACAUGGGUAGACUGCUGGCUAAUGAUAAGGGGAUGUGGGAGGCUGAUGAUUUAGGGAGCUUUUGCAUCUACUAGUUAAACCAGGGUCCUUCACAAGAACCAGAUUUCCUUGGUAGCGGAAAUCCUUCUUUGAAACAAUGUUCAUCUCUAGUGUCUGUGGUUAUGCCCACUUGUUGACUAGAUGCUUCACUAAAUUCUGCAUCCCUGAGAACCUUGCACACUUCGAGCUGAUGAGUUGCCUAGAUUUUGACGAAGCUGCUACCUAUUGCUCAAAGUAUGAUUCUUCCGUGUGUAAUGGAGACUCCAUGUCUGUUUGCUGGUUCAGGAUGAAUGCUGCUUGGCACCUGUUCAGAGUCCUCAUUCAAUAUGGGCCGAAGUAUCUUUUGCAAGACCAUAUUUCUCGGACUGUUUGAAGGUCGGCAGAAAUGAAACGUCAAUGCAUGUCAAGGGUCUUGACUCUGGAUCAACUCCAUGUCUUGAGACGUUUAUAUUUAUUGGAGACAUUUCCGUUGCAAAUUCCAUCAAAUUGUCAGCGUAUCAGCCCCGUUGGGCCUUAGGAGCUUUUGGCGUUUAUCUCCCGAACCUAAUGGAGAAGGUGCUCAUAUCCAUGUUCCGCGUCUCUGCAAGCCUUGGCCUUCUCAACUGCAUGCCGGUAUGUUUUCAGGGGGAUCUCACAUGCAACCUUUUCCAGAAGUAGAAUGGUUGGGUGCGAAUUCAUUGCCGAUAACGUUUCUGAAAUCCAGUUCUUCUCUUCUUUCUCUGAGCAAAAAUGGCCAUGGAUAAACUUUGCGGUAACGUAAAACAGUAUCCGUAGAUAGCUCCCUCCGUUUUUACGCGUAGUCUAGUUUCCGUUUUUAGUAACUGACGGGUUUGACAAAGCUGACAUCAUCUGAUCCACAGACCAUGAUUCUCAGGUGUUCUAUCUGGAUGGAGAAUCCAUGCUAGACGUCAGCCUCUGCUGCAUCACCCGGCUUGACCCUCGGAGCCGGCGAAGGCUCCUCCGGGUGCUCCUCACAGGGGGGACUCUUCUAUUUGUCACCGCCCUCGCAAGGGUGUUUUUCGGUAUUUAUUCGGGGAAUGUCUAA